AAUCUCUCUUUUCCCUUCGGGACAAACAACGUCCGAAUUAAAAUCUGCCCCCUCGAUUUAACUUUUUUAUCUCCCCGCCUUCUCUCUCUCCGCCCUGCCUUUUUUCUAUCUCCCCGAAAUAACCCUCCGUCGCAUCGUAAUUUACCUUCUCGCGUUUUCAAGUCGGGUCGGAUUGGAUCCAGAACCAGAUAGUAGCUCCGAAGGCAUUGUUCAUUGUGUUCUUCUAGAAUAUUCUGUUACUAAUCAGGAUCCAUGCUCAAGGAACAAAGAAAUCAGUUAUCUCAAUUUUGUUGCGUCGUUUCGAUAGCUUUAAAGUGAUAUCGAGUGUAGAAGCAGUUCCAUAGAGGGAACGACUGCUGCAUUUGGUUUGAUUUUAGUGCUUUGCUUGCUGUAAAAGGAUACAAAUAUAUUAUUUAUUUCAAAAGGAUCUGAUGAAGCUGAAAGUCUCAUCAUCUGAGCUCGGUGGUAUUUCUCCGCCUGGUUGCAUAAGUGAACCUGAGGAGAAAGAAGUUAGUGAUGAAGAAGAUGAUGAUCGCAACCAUAAGCAUCGUCGGAGGGAUACAUGCUCUCAACCUUUAGAGAGAGAUUCUACAGAUCCUUUAUUUACAAGGCCAUACAGAAAGCGCAAUAAACCCUUUGAAAAUGGGCAUAAUGAAUCUCAAGCAGGUGAAACCUGGAAAAAUUCUAACAGUUUGCCUCCAGAAAAAGACUUGAGACCUAAGUUUGAUAGAAGAUUCAUUGGGUUAGCAUCACUUCCUCGAGGACAUUCGGAUCUAAACCAUAGAAUUAGGCCAAACCAAACAUUCAGCGGAGAUUCUGAUCCUGGCCAUGGAAGAGGAAGGGAUAACUCCUCUUGGAAUCAACGUGAUUCUAGGUUCAAUGCUGUUGAUAUUGCUUAUCAAAUGGUUCAGCCAGGAUCAGUUGCUCCAGGUCUCUUUGCAGGAAGGGGAUUGCCAAAUCUUUCAAAUGCACAAGCCCCAUCAUGGAGUGCCUUUGGGCUAAUGCCAGGAAUACCAAAUGGUGAUCUUGAUACGCUCCAUUCUAUUGGUCUACAAGGGGUGCUCAGGCCGCCGAUGAAUUCUUCAUUGAAUAUGGGCAUUCCUCGCCAAUGUUGCAGAGAUUUUGAGGAGCUUGGAUUUUGUCUAAGAGGAGACAUGUGCCCAAUGGAGCACGGUGUCAAUCGUAUUGUUGUGGAAGAUUUUCAGAGUCUGUCACAGUUUAACCUUCCUGUCACGGUUCCAAGUGCACAAAUAUUGGCAAAACCUGCUGGCCCCGGGCCACCACCUUCUAGCCUUCCUCCAACCACUUCGAUGAACAGCAAAGGUAUACAUGGCAAAAAUAAAAAAUCUGGAAUUACGGAGGAUGCUGUAGGUUUGAAUGGUGCAUAUUCUGGUUCAACUAAUGCAAAUGGUGAUUUGUAUGAUCCCGAUCAACCCUUGUGGAAUAACAAUGGUCCAGAAGCAUCAGCUGCACUGACUGGACUUCGGUCACCCAAGACCAAUGAAACAGAACCGUUGCCAAAUGAUGACAUCUCUGAUUGUCCUCAUGGCUGCUUACGUAACGGUGCUGAUAAUGAAUUGCCGAUUAGAAGCACCGGGUCACAGAGCAUGAAUUUGUCUGUUUGGGGUAGAGGUAGAGUUGGUAGCUCCAGAAGUGGAAUAGACACAAAAGACAAAAUUGGUCCAAUACCCUCGGACCAUCCUGAGAAUGAAACCAAGGAAGAACAAGGAGCAUUUCCUAGCUCUCAAGACAUUUCUUGUCAGGUCAAACGGAUCAAAAGCGAGGAUGAUGGCUCCAAAGUUGUGGAUUCUUCAUUGAAGUCACAGAUUGAUUUUCGUAGUAGCAGAAAACCAACUCAAAAGGCACUUCAUACACUGUUUGUCAACGGGAUUCCCCAGAAAUGCAACAAAAGAGAGGCUCUUCUUUCUCAUUUUCGUAAGUUCGGGGAGGUUAUUGACAUUUACAUUCCAUUAAAUGGUGAACGGGCCUUUGUCCAGUUUUCAAGAAGGGAAGAGGCAGAAGCUGCUUUGAAGGCACCUGAUGCUGUAAUGGGUAACCGUUUCAUUAAGCUUUGGUGGGCUAAUCGGGAUAACAUACCUGUUGAUGGAAUAAAAAGUGUCAGUGGCGUAUCUGUAACUCCACAUGGUCUAACAGCUUCUGCUAUCCCAGCUCAACCUGUUGCUAAUAGAGGAAACGAUAAUCUUCUACCUGUUGCUCAGAAGAGUAAUGUUGUCCAUGGUGCCGAUUUCCCUUCGCUGAACUCCCCUAAACCUGUUAGUAUGAAUGGUUCCCAGGCUCCACCUCCAUUGCAGAAAAAGUUGGACACUCUAGAACAAAUGAAAGAGCAAUUACGCAAGAAGCAGGAAAUGCUGGAGCAGAAGCGGAACGACUUUCGGCGCAAGUUGGACAAACUUGAGAAACAAUCUAGUGUUGUCAAGGGAGAUCUACUAACUGAGCCAGCUGCUAAGAAGCAAAAGGUGGGUAUUGCAGCUGAUCCUGCAAAAGCUCUGAUUCCUGGUUCCUCUGAAUCUGGUGCUCCUGCCGCAAAACCAUACUUUAUAGGGAUGACAGAUAAGAACAAAUCAACUGAGAAUGGUGCGUCUCAAAGUUCAAAACCGAGUACCUCUAUGGCAUUGCUGGAAUCUACAAGCUCAAAGCAGCAGUCUCGUAAGCCUCAUCUGUCUGCACCUAUUAGGCAUCCAUUCCCAAUGAAUAAAUACAAAUUGGACAACCGACCAAUUGCGUUUAGAGUUAUUCCACCAUUGCCUUCUGGUUUUGCAGAUGUUGCUGUUUUGAAGGAGCACUUCUUACAGUACGGAGAUCUUUCCUCUGUGGAACUACAAGACAUGGAAAACAAAGACGCCGGUAAUAUCAGAUCAGAGCCAUUGAAGAAUUGCUCAGCGCUUAUAACUUACAGAACUCGCCAAUCGGCGGAAAGGGCUUAUAUAAAUGGUAAAUGCUGGCAAUGCCACAAUUUGCAGUUCAAAUGGCUGACAUCUAACACUAACCAUCGUAGCAAUGAAACUCCAUCUUCCACACCCAAGGAACCAUUAGAAGCCGUUGGCCAGACAGAAGAAAAAUCAGCAUGCAACGUUGCCCAAGAAGUCACUGCUGCUUCAGGCAAUGGGGAAUUCGGGGAUUUGGAUCGAGAGAGUUUCGUUGAGCAUAUGGAAUCGGCUGAAGCUUCGGAGCAGAGUCUGUCCCCGACAUCUAGCAUGAAAGAGUCGCCUAAAGGCGACACAAGUUGAGGACCGGAACUUGUUUUUUUCCCCGGAUUUGUACAGGUAAAUAAAUUAUUCAAUCUGUUGAAACUCUCUAAUUUCCAUGAGUAUUUCACUCUCAGUUAGCUGAAAGUUCAUUUUUCUUUUUCUAGUUUUAUAUUGUUUCAUCACUGGGAUUAUAUGUAAAAAAAGGUACAAU